UAGCCGGCAGCCAGCAGCAGCACAACCAAAAUCCAAAACAAGCGAGGGAGAUGGACUUGAAUAUGGGGGAACCAGGCGAGAUAUUACCAGAUCGAAAAAUCGACACAUCUGCUUAUGAUUUACUCGAUUCCACUUCUUCUUCUGCUCAACACAUCAUUUCUCAAAUCCUUUCCAUCAAAAAACAAAAUCAAUCCUCCUCCUCAUCAACUAAUUCCAAAUCUCAACUCCCCGAACUCUGUACUCAGAUGCUUCUUAACUUUGUUAAUCUCCGCAAGGCAAAUCGUUCCAUAUUGCUUGAAGAAGAUCUUGUAAAAGCAGAGACGGAACAUGCAAAAGCACCUGUUGACUUCACGACAUUGCAGCUUCACAAUCUUAUGUAUGAGAAGAAUCAUUAUUUGAAAGCAAUUAAGGCUUGCAAAGACUUUAAGUCCAAGUAUCCAGAUAUCGAACUUGUAUCCGAGGAAGUUUUUUUCAAAGAGGCCCCAGUAGAAAUUAAAAACUCCGUGCUGUCAAAUGAUAAAUCCCACAAUCUGAUGCUUAAGAGGCUCAAUUUUGAGCUAUUUCAGCGCAAAGAAUUGUCGAAACUUCAUGCAGAAAUGGAAGAGCAAAAGAAAGUCCUUCAGGACACAAUUGCAAACAGGAAGAAGUUUUUAUCAAGUCUUCCUUCUCAUCUUAAAUCACUCAAGAAAGCAUCACUGCCGGUGCAAAACCAACUGGGAAUUCUUCACACGAAGAAAUUAAAGCAGCAUCAGUUGGCAGAGUUGCUUCCACCGCCACUCUAUGUUAUAUACUCACAAAUGCUGGGUCAUAAAGAAGCGUUUGGUGAGAGUAUUGAUCUCGAGAUUGAGGGUAGCAUGAAGGAUGCUUAUACUUUUGCCCGCCAACAGGCCAAUAAGGAUAGCAGCAUAUCUGCUGCUAGUACAGAGAAUUCCAAGUUAGAAGAUGAUGUGGUUGAUGAGGAAGAUGAUGGUCAAAGAAGGAGAAAGCGUCCAAAGAAAGUCCAAGGCAAAGAAAGUCUCGAUCAAUCAGGAAUAUAUCAAUUGCACCCACUUAGACUCCACCUCCAAAUACAUGAUGACGAGGCUUCCGAUCCAAAGUCUAGAAAGCUUGUUGUACUGAAAUUUGAGUAUUUGCUGAAAUUGAAUGUUGUUUGUGUUGAUUUUGAAGGAUCGAAUGACGGUCCGGAGAGUAAUAUCUUAUGUAAUCUCUUCCCAAAUGACCCAGGACUUGAGCUUCCUCACCAGUCAGCUAAGCUAUGGAGUGGUGAUGGCCCUAUAUUUGAUGAAAGAAGAUCUUCACGUCCAUAUAAAUGGGCCCAACAUUUAGCUGGAAUUGACUUUUUACCAGAGGUCUCACCGCUCCUUGCAACCGGCAGUGAAUUAACGAACGGCGAAGCCACAAAACAAUCUACAAUAGUUUCUGGGUUAUCGUUAUACCGCCAACAGAACCGGGUCCAGACGGUUGUGCAAAGAAUUCGGGCUAGAAAGAAGGCUCAGCUGGCCCUUGCGCGACAGAUUGACUCGCUAACAAAGCUAAAAUGGCCUUCUUUGGCUUGUCAAACGGUACCGUGGUUUUCACAUGCCCGUCUGUGUAGUUUGCAAAGUUGGACAUUUAUCUCCUCAUCAAAGCCUGCUGCUUCCAUUGAAGAACAAAUUCAAGCCCCACGGGAAAUCGAGAUGGUUGGUGAACCCGAUAUUGCAAAGACAGGGUUAGAGAAUGCCAGGGAAGAUGGGGAGCUUCCAUCUUUAAAUCCAUCUGCUACUGUUGUGAACGAAAUUACACUAACACCCUUAAAGAUAUCUGGCAUGGAGCACUCUAAACGUCUUGCUUUCAUUACUAAAUCCGUGUCUUCUCCAAUGAGCAAGGGAAAAUCAACCAAAUCACCAAGUUUUAGAAAGACUGAUGAAGAUUUGGAUUUGAUGGUAUUAUAUGAAAGCGAGGUGGAUGAACCAAGCCAAAUUGAGGAGACUGAUGUACUAACUGGCACUGAGAAUGUAAAGCUAAUUGAUAACUCAUGGAUUGCGUGUGGGGUCCGAGAAUACCGUCUUCUUCUAGCCAGAAAGGUCAUCAAUGGUGAUGGCUACAUGAAAUUAGAAGCCAAGGUCACAGUCAGCAUGGAGUAUCCCCUCAGGCCGCCACUGUUUACCUUAAAUCUUUUUAGAGCCGCUACUGCAGAAACUGAGUCAGGGACCGAGGCUUACGAGUGGUUCAAUGAACUGCGAGCGAUGGAGGCAGAGGUAAAUAUCCAAGUAAUCAAAAUGAUACCUUGGGAAGAAGAGAAUCUUGUGUUGGGGCAUCAAGUAUGUUGCCUUGCAAUGCUAUUUGACUUCUAUCUGACUGGUGAAGCUUCGUCUUCUGAAAAGGGAAAGACUACUUCUGUUGUUGAUGUUGGUUUGUGCAAACCUGUUAAUGGAAGUCUUGUAGCAAGAACUUACAGGGGUCGAGAUCAUAGGAAAAUGAUCUCCUGGAAGGACAAUGGUUGCACCCCUGGUUAUCCUAGCUAGGUUCAACUAGGUAUAGUCAGCAAAUCUAUCAACCUUGUGGAAACACCCUUUUUGGGUAUUUUCCAUCUUGGAGUUCAGCUUGAUGCCAAUCAGGCUCGUUUGGUUUCGUGAGUAUUUUUUUUACAAGCUUCACUUAGCAUGACUUAUGGUUCACUUGGUGGCACAAGGGGAUAAUUGGUGCAGUUAAUGGUGAUCAACCUUUCAGGAGUUCAACAUUACUUUGUUUCUUCCAGAGACCGUGUGGUUGUAGUGUAGAAAUACGAACUCUUCUGUUUAUUGACAUUGUUCUCUUGAUAGUCUAACAAAUCAGCAAUCAAGAAUCAAAUAUUGACACUGUUCAAAUUAUAAAUUUUUUGAAGUCUAAAAUUUUGUCCUCCUUGUGCUAGUUGCUGAUUUACGUUGUAAACAUGGCUGGUUCGCCAUUGGACUGUAGUAACAUUGUUAUAACGUAACAAAAUCUUGCCUGGACUUA